AAUAUUCGCAUAUGAAGACGCUUGAGAGAGAAGAGACGAAAAUGGAUUCCAAAAAAUGAAUCGGAGCGACGUCAGCUACUGGACCACUACCGACAACUGCUCCGGCAAGUUUGGUUAAUGGGAUUGGCUCGUAGCGCGCAGUGUAACGUAAACCAAUGGUUCAAUAUCCUCCUCUUCACAUGGAACGAUCAGAGGUGCAGUAGCAGCAACCAAUGCCAUGGCGCCCGUUCGCCAAGUUCCAAAGCUCUCAGAAAUUUAUGCGAAUUCCAAUGCCAAUUUUAGAACCUCUCUCGUUUCGGUUCCAUUGGGACGGCUCAAUCCACGCGCUGUUGUUGAAACGUGUCACAAAUCAAUUUGCUUCUGCAACACGACUCUUUUCGCCUCCUCCUCCUCCUCCUCCUUUGAGUGCAGCCUCGUCGCGACCUUCUUCCUCCGUUGUUUGUUCUUUUUCCCGCUUUUCAGAAAUGGACGCUUCAGGGGGGAUAAGUUUGUAUCCAUCUCACCGUACUAAAACCAUUCAUCUGGUGAGGCAUGCCCAGGGAUUUCAUAAUGUGGCAGGAGAGAAGGACGCGAACGAAUAUCUAUCUUUUGAUUACUUUGAUGCUCAACUUACAUCUCUUGGAUGGAAACAGGUUGCCAAUCUGCGGAAACAUGUACAAUCAUGUGGACUUGAUAAGAGAAUUGAGUUAGUCAUUGUGUCCCCCUUAUUCAGGACUAUCCAAACCGCGGUUGGAGCAUUUGGUGGUGAAGGUUACUCGGAUGGUAUAAAUGUUCCUCCGUUAAUGGUAUCAAAUGCAGGAGAUUGCAACCGCCCUGCAAUUUCAAGUUUGAAUUGCCCGCCAUUUUUGGCAGUAGAGCUUUGUCGGGAACAUUUGGGUGUUCACCCAUGUGACAAGAGGCGAAGCAUUAAAGAGUAUCGGUCUCUUUUCCCUGCGAUUGAUUUUUCAAUGAUUGAACAUGAUGAAGAUAAACUGUGGAGACCAGACACUAGAGAGACCAACGAUGAAGUGGCAGAUAGGGGAUUGAAGUUUCUUAAAUGGCUCUGGACCCGGAAGGAGAAGGAGAUUGCAGUUGUCAGCCACAGUGGAUUCUUAUUUCAUUCAUUGAGUGCAUUUGGAAAUGACUGCCGUCCACUAGUAAAGGACGAAAUCUGCAAACAUUUUGCCAACUGUGAGCUUCGUUCCUUUGUUCUUGUUGAUAGGAGCAUGGUUGGGUCAGAAUCCUCGACGACCAAUUUCCCCGGCAGCUUACCGAAAGGGCUCGAUCUUCCCAGUGAUGUUGCAGCUGAAAUGCAACCGGAGAAGAAGGGAGUUCCCAAUGAAGAUGGGGCUUGAAAAUAUAGUACUUAACAUCAUUUUGAGAAGAAACAAAGACACUUCUAUUUUAAUUCAAUUUUCACGAAUCUCUUACCCUCUUCAUUUAGGACAAUUAUUAUCUACAGGGACUGUCAAAGGAAAGGCCUCUUUCUGCACUGGAUUCAGAGGUACUUAUUUUUGUCUGUAUCUCAUCCAUCAUUCUGUUAUGCACAAUAAUUAAGUUUCUCGAAUAAAUUAUGAGUCCAUUAGACAUAA